GCUCUCGCUCAGUCGGAACAGGUCCUCGGCCGGCAUCGUUCAGCGGGCAGCAGCCGCAGGAGGAGGUGCUGCAGAGGAGGGCAGGAAGGCAGGAUGCUGUCCCGACUGCGCGCGGCCGCCGUGCCCGGCGCCAUGGCGCGGCGCGGCCUGCACACCAAGGAGAAGGGCAAGCCACUCAUGCUGAACCCUCGCACUAACAAGGGCAUGGCCUUCACGCUGCACGAGCGACAAAUGCUGGGGCUGCAGGGACUCCUGCCUCCCAAAAUUGAGACACAGGACAUCCAAGCCUUACGCUUCCACAAGAACUUGGCAAAAAUGACCGACCCCUUGGAAAAGUACAUCUACAUAAUGGGGAUCCAGGAGAGGAACGAGAAGCUGUUCUACAGGGUGCUGCAGGACGACAUCGAGCGGCUCAUGCCGAUUGUGUACACCCCAACAGUGGGCCUGGCGUGCUCCCAGUACGGACACAUCUUCAGGAGACCAAAAGGAUUAUUUAUUUCCAUCUCGGACAGAGGCCACAUCAGGUCAAUUGUGAACAACUGGCCAGAGAACGACGUUAAGGCUGUUGUCGUCACUGAUGGAGAAAGAAUAUUGGGUCUUGGAGACCUGGGUGUGUACGGGAUGGGAAUUCCAGUGGGAAAACUCUGUUUGUACACAGCCUGUGCAGGGAUACACCCAGAUAAAUGCCUGCCUGUGUGCAUCGACGUUGGCACUGAUAACACAACGCUCCUGAAGGAUCCCUUUUACAUGGGGCUGUACCAGAAGAGGGAUCGCUCGCAGGUGUACGAUGACCUGAUCGAUGAAUUUAUGGAAGCCAUUACGGACAGGUACGGCCAGAACACUCUCAUCCAGUUUGAAGACUUUGGGAACCACAACGCGUUCCGCUUCCUCAGGAAAUACCGGGAGAAGUACUGUACCUUCAACGACGACAUCCAAGGCACAGCCUCGGUGGCCUUGGCAGGACUGCUGGCAGCACAGAAAGCCACCGGGAAGCCACUGACAGACCAGAAAGUGCUGUUCCUUGGAGCUGGAGAGGCCGCCCUGGGAAUUGCAAACCUCAUUGUUAUGGCCAUGAUGGAAAACGGUGUAUCCUAUGAGGAGGCCUCCAGGAGGAUAUGGAUGUUUGACAAGCACGGCUUGCUGGUUCAGGGCCGAGAGCAGAAGGUGGAUUCCCACCAAGAGCCAUUUACACACCAGGCUCCAGAGCACAUACCAAAGACAUUUGUAGAGGCAGUGAAUGUACUUCGGCCUUCAGCUAUCAUCGGAGUUGCUGGGGCGGGGCGUCUGUUCUCCGAGGAUGUGCUCAGAGCCAUGGCCUCCAUCAACGAGCGACCCAUCAUCUUUGCGCUGAGCAACCCCACGGCCAAGGCGGAGUGCACGGCGGAGGAGGCUUACACGCUGACAGAGGGCCGGUGCCUGUUUGCCAGUGGCAGUCCCUUCGAGCUGGUGACUCUGAAGGAUGGAAGAACCUUCAAACCAGGCCAAGGAAACAACGCUUACAUUUUUCCAGGCGUGGCUCUGGCUGUGAUCCUGAGCAGUGUCCGGCACAUCAGCGAUAAGGUUUUCCUGGAGGCUGCCAAGGCAUUGGCAGAGCAGUUGACAGAUGAAGAGCUCGCACAGGGAAGGCUUUAUCCUCCACUGUCCAAUAUCAGGGAAGUUUCUAUUUAUAUUGCUGUCAAGGUGAUGGAGUUCCUGUACGCCAACAACAUGGCCUUCCACUACCCCGAGCCGGCCGACAAGAGCCGCUACAUCCGCUCCAAGGUCUGGACCUACGAGUACGAGUCCUUCAUGCCCGACGUGUACGACUGGCCCGAGUCCAAGGUGCACUGAUGGCACCAGCUCCUCAGGCAGCACCUCCUACUCUGCAGGGAUCCCUUUCUCAGACCAACUUAAAUCAUGAUCUUCGACUCCUCUAAUUUAUUUUGCGCUCCUUCUCGUUGCCUUUUUUGUUGUUGUUGUUGUUUUUCCUCUCCCCACCCCCCGCCCUUACACCCCUGUUUUUUUCACCUGAUUUCUCCCAAGUACCUGAUGAACUGUUAGGAUGAUGGCGUCUGCCACAGGGAUGAGAGAGCCCUCCAAAAUUAAUUUAAAUAAUUGCAUUUCUAGCUUAGAGCCAGCACCACACCGAAGAAUUCCAUUAAUGAUAUUUUAGCUGCCCGCCUUUGAUGGUGAACCAGAGCUCUCUCAUCACUGCUGAUGUCCAGAAUGAUUAAUUUCUGCCUUUAAAUAAUCAGUCUUCUAAUUGUCCUGGUGUUGUCACACUGCAUUAGCCGUGACAUCAGGGGCUACCACUUGCCAUAAAGAAACAAAAGGGCAGUUAAAGACAACUUCAAGAGUCUAACGGGGCCUUGUGUUCCAUUUCAUGUUUGAAGAUGCCCACGUCUCCAGACAUCCUUGGGGCAUUGGCUGCUGUUCCCUUGAGGGGCAGCGAGAUGUACACGUGUGGAGUCUGCAGCAAAGUUUGCGGUUUUGUUUCCAUUACUCCGUGAAAUCUGUUCUCAGGAAAAAUGUGAACUAGUUCAAAUUGUCCUUGGGAAGCCUGAAAAUAACACUAAUCACUUAGUAGCUUUAAAAAACAAAGCUGUGCUGUCACAGAAUAAAUUUUACUGGGUAGAGGUAGGACCCGAAGUAAUUUAUGGAAAUCUUUAAGGAUUUCACAAGGAGUUCUUGCGCAAUGGAGUGCAAGACAAUACACCAAAGGAUUUUAAUUUAAUUUUUUAAUUUUU